CAUGAGCUACUACUACUCGUCGGCCUCCGAGGAGGACGGCAGCUCCCAGUACUUGGGCAGUCCCAACUAUAACCUCAGCCAGCUGCCCGUUUCUUCGCAGGAUUACGGCCAGUCGGCUUUCCUAUCGCCGGAGUGGCAAUUCCUAGAUGCCGCGGGCGCAACUCAACCAGAACUGGCGCCCAUCUUGGAGCAACCAGGCCCGCCCACUCAACAGCAGACUCUCAAACGGCGUAGCAACAGCUCGGCGGGAUCGGAUGGCCGGAAGAGCAGUCCGGAACAGACCAAUCUCAGUCCCACGGUCCAGAAGAAGAGAAGACAGGCAGCCAAUGCCCGGGAAAGAAAGCGCAUGAACGGAUUGAAUGAGGCCUUCGAUAGGCUGAGGGAAGUGGUGCCCGCUCCCUCCAUCGACCAGAAGCUGUCCAAGUUCGAGACCCUGCAGAUGGCCCAGUCCUAUAUCCUGGCGCUGUGCGACCUCCUCAACAACGGCGAUGUGGAGGUGGAUGCCGCCGCCUACACAAUCUUCGGCGGCAGCGAAGGCGGCUUCGGGCUAAGCGGAGGAUCCUUACCAUAG